AUGCAGGAAUGGGACGACGGCCGUGACGAUGAGAAAGAUGAGGCAAUCCGCGAAAAAAUUUUCCGCGUAAAGGAGAUCCGCCGCCUUCGACGUGCACAGCGUAUGCCGCAUGGAGAGACAUGUCAUGGGCCCACGGUGCCGAAUGCCAUGAUGGGUUUGUUCCACCAACAUCUAGACGUUCUUCGCUCCGUUCACCACGAAUCCACCGCAGCGUUAGAAGAGGCGGUACAGCUGCUACUGCAGGAACGCAAGUGGAUUACUAUGCGAUGCACGAUUCUCUAUGAUCGCCUGCAGCAACUUAACCGUCACCGCAACAAAAUGAUUAAACGGUUACGGACUGUCCAUGGGGACUCGACGACGGCAUUUUUUGCAAAUAUGAGCGUGGAAGUUUAG